AUCAGUCACACCUGCGGUUCUGUGUAGUGAUACACAAUUAUAUAUAUAUAUAUACGCAUUCAUAUACACCGUGUACUGCACCCACACACCUGUUAUAAGCACCGAUCACAGCUAGAGGGAGUGCAACAUCACUGUGGGGCAGCAGAAGCAUACCACAGUAACUAACUAGAGGAAUACCACUGUUAGGAGCAGUGAACCGGUGUCCACUGGUAAAUUUUAGUCUGGUGGUUGUGGAAUGAUGGCAGGAGAGGUGGAUGACGGAGCCUCACCACUGGAAGCUCUCAGAGCUCAGGUUCAACAGUUGUGUGACCAGGUGGAGGUUGUCCUGGAGGAGAACAGAGAACUGGAAGGUACCCAGUACCAGCUGCCUCUCACAGAGUUUACCCUCAACCCACGCCGCCUGGCAGUACUCCAGGACCGUCUUGUCCACACGGAGGUGGGUGUGGUGCGGGAGGUGGAGAGGACACGCCUCCACAAGCUACUGCAGUGUCACUACCUGAAGGACGUCGCCUGGGACACCAUGGCUGUCAAGGCUCGCUCUCUCUUUGUCAGUCUUCACACGCAUCAUGUUCAGGCACCCUUUUAA